UGCAGUCCAAUAGACUCGUCCAUACUUGUUUGUUUAAAUUUGCUGGAAGUCAUUCUGGGUGUUUAUUCGACAAAAGCAAAGAUAAAACUAUAAAAUGAAAUAAUAAUUGAACAUUGCGAAUUUGACUACACGGAAGAAAUAUUUUCGCUGAAUUACAGUGAAGCGGACCCGAAAAUCUAGAAGCAUCAAGUUACCCGAAUCGACGAAUUUCGGUCAAUUUUUAAGUCUGGAAAAAUGAACACUGAUCGCAAAUCAACUGAAAAAAUUCCGAAGAAUGAAGCCGGUCAAGAUUUUUAUAAACUCAGAAAAGAAUGGUUGGCAAAGAAAAGAGACGAAAAUGAUACGACAAAUUUGUUUGUCGACUUAUCAUUCCCGGCGCGGGAUUCUUCCUUAUAUCCAAAUGGGAUUCCACAUGACAAAAAGAAAUUCCCUGAGAAGAUCGUAUGGAAACGUCCGUGGCAAAUAGUAAAAAACCCGCAAUUCUUUGUCGACGGAAUUUCACGAUUCGACGCUCAGCAACGUGCGUUCGAUAAUUGUUGGGUAAUCGCUAGUUUGCCAAUUUUAACAACAAACCCCAAAUUAUUCUAUCAAGUUGUACCGGAGGAUCAAAGCUUCCAGGAGAACUAUGCCGGAAUAUUUCACUUCAGAUUUUGGCAUUACGGAAAAUGGGUGGAGAUUGUGAUUGACGAUUUUUUGCCGACUGAUUCGAGAGGCUUGUUAUGUUCACGCUCACCGGAAACUAACGAAUUCUGGAUUUCCCUGGUUGUCAAAGCUUACGCGAAACUCUAUGGAUCCUGGGAGGCCUUGGAAGAUGGUCGAGCUUCCGAAGCCUUGGAAGAUUUUACCGGAGGACUAGCGUUGUUCUACGCUUUGGAUGAAACCAGCCAGCUUCCUUUCGACACUUUGCUGAAAGCUCAUGAGAAUCAUGCCCUCAUGGUGUGCGGCUCAAAGUGCUUCGAACGGAAGAAAAAGUCAUGCGGAGGCUUCUACAAGAGCAUUUGGCCGCAACACGGUUACAGUAUCACCGGAGUCGUGAAUUACAAGGGACAACAGUUGCUGCGGAUGAGAAACCCGUGGGGUGAUCACCGGGAAUGGAGUGGACCAUUUGGGGACAAGGACGCAGUUUGGACUGUUGAUGCUGAUAUGAGAAAGGCACUUGAUUUUAAGCCUGACGCUGACGGUGAAUUUUUCAUACCUUACGAAAUGGUUCCUCAAUAUUUCGCCAGAAUCGAGAUUUGCCACUUGCCCUUUCUUGGCGAAGGUAACGAGAAUCGUAAGUCAAAGGUGUUUGAAGGAAAAUGGAUACGUCGCACACAGACACUCGAAAGCACUAAUUAUUUGGACGCAGCGUCAAAGAUAUUGAGCCAAAACACGCAGUAUCGUAUUACCUUGAAAAAUCCGGACACGGAGGACGGUAAAUGCGCAGUCAUAGUUGCACUGAUGCAGAAGAAUCGAAGAAUAAAACGAGCUACUGAUCUCACAGUUGGACUGGAAAUUUAUCACCUGGGGUAUCCGAAUAAAUUACCGGAGCCAUUGACUGCCGAUUUCUUCAAGAAAAACCAGCCGAUUUCAGGAUCCGGAGCAGGAGCACCACUCCGUGAAGUCUACAAUUUGUUUAAAUUGAAACCCGGAACUUAUUGCAUUAUUCCCUGUAUUUACAACCUCGAAGGUGAGGAAUACGAACUCAGUACCAAUGAAGAAGAAGAAUUCUUACUCAGGGUUUUCUUCGGGAACAUACCCAAUGUAAACGAAGCGUUCAUGACCAGUAAUUUAUCACCGCGAAGAAAGUAUGAGUGAAUCUUAUUCAUUUCCGUUAUACCAACUCCAACGUCUGGGAUUUCCUACUUUGCAAGGGCUAUGAUUCAGGUUACUGAAAUCGAUCGUAAGCACAGGACGCAUACGGAAAAUAAUAAGUUUAACCUUUUAAAAUGAAACUAUUCAUUCGUUAAAAUAAACUUUGUCAGAUUGAAUAAUUUUCA